GACAAAGCAGGAGAGUCAGAGAUAGGCAACAUCGGCAACGAGGAAGCAGUCCGGGAACACGUGCUUGAAAGUCUUGUAUGGGAAUGACAAAGAACAAUCUGGCAACGAGAGUCUGUGACGCUGGAGUCUUGAUAGUGGUGGAGAGUAAUGAGGCACAGGAUGAAGCGAACAACCUUCCUGCUGGUGUUUGGAGUCGUCCUGAGCUGCUGUCAGGCUCAGUCGGAGACGGGAGGCGAGGAGACGGACGCACAGGAGGAACAUGUGGAGCUCUUCACCACCCCGACUACUAAGAUGGGCGCUGCCACCUCAGACUUCGGCUAUAACCUGUUCCGCGCCCUGGCGAGCCGCGAGGCAGCCACCAACGUGUUCCUGGCCCCCAUCAGUGUGUCUGCGGUCCUGACGCAGCUCUCGCUGGGAGCAUCUGAGCAAGCUCAGAGGCAGCUGUUCCGGGCUCUGAGGUAUCACACCCUGCAGGACCCUCAGCUCCACAGCACCCUGAAAGACAUGCUGGCUUCAGUCAGGACGACCGGGAAAGGCCUGAGUACUGCUGCACGCAUCUACCUGGCACGACGACUGCGGCUGAAGCUGGAGUUCUUCGACCUCGUGGAGCAGCAGUAUGGAGUUCGUCCCAAAGCGCUGCAGGGGGGAACCAAAGAUCUGAAAGACAUCAACGACUGGGUGUCCCAAGAGACGGGCGGGAAGGUACAGCGUCUCCUCACCAAGUCCCUCCCCCGAAACUCUGGCGUGAACACCGUGAGUGCCGCCUACUUUAAAGGGAAGUGGGUGACUCGCUUUGGUCAGACUGGAGCCAUGGAGAACUUCGAAGUGGAGGGCAGGGCACCGGUCCGCGUUCCCAUGAUGCAACAGGAUAACUACCCCAUUAAGAUGGGCGUCGACUCAGAUUUGAGCUGCACGAUCGCUCAGAUCCAGAUGCAGGACGACAUCAGCAUGUUUGUCUUCCUCCCAAAUGAGGUGACGACCAACAUGACGCUGCUGGAGGAGAGUCUGACCGCUGAGUUCGUCCAGGACCUCUCCUUGACGCUCCAUCCUGCCCAAGUGUCCCUCACUCUGCCCUCCCUGAGACUCAGCUACUCCACAGACCUGCUGCCACUGCUCAGCGAUGUUGGUCUCUCUGAAUGGCUAGCUGACACGAACUUGGAGAAAAUCUCGACCCAGCCGACCACGCUCAGCAGCGUCAAUCAUAAGGUUGUCAUGGAGACGGCGCCCGAGGGGAACCAGUACGCCAGCACCGCCUCAACGGCUCAUCUGACCUACCGCGUGGACCGACCCUUUAUGUACCUGAUCCGAGACGAAGCGUCGGGGGCACUGCUGUUCAUCGGCAGAGUGGUCAACCCCAAAGACCUGACGAUAUAGCACGCACACACACACGCACACACACACACACACACGCACGCACGCACACACACACGCACGCACACACACACACACACACACACACACACACACACACACACACACACGCGCACACGCGCACACGCACACGCUAUGAGGGGUCAAACGUUUCACCCAACCACACUACAACGCGUCACUUGCGCCUACUUAGGACACAUCAGAUCUAAUCAAACCGCGUGAGCGCAUGCCUACAUUUUACAUAGGGUUACUAUGGAGACAUGAGUGUUACACACACGCCCGCUACAUGACGCGCAGGCGUUGUGCGCUCCACUCACACGACGCGCUCACACGUCUUAUCAGUACGCGUGCACAGUGCGUUACAAACGCUACACAUACACUACACCUGCGUGUCUACGCACGCACGUCCGAUUAGCAGAGUUAGCAUAGCGAUGCUACGUGUCACAUGUCUGUAACACAACGCGUUGUUGCUUCAACAGCUGACACUUUUGACCCCUCUGAUUACAUGACGUGUCUACGCACGUCUGAUUAGCAUAGCAAGCUAGUUAGCAUAGCGAUGCUACGUGUCACACGUCCGUAACACGACGCGUUGUUGGUUCAACAGCUGACACUUUUGACCCCUGUGAUUACAUGACGUGUCUACGCACGCACGUCUAAUAACCAGACGUCUAGGCGUGUGCAGGCAUUGCACGCGCAUUGCAUGUGUAACAAGUACACGGUGAUGGUUGCACACGCAAUUUACACGUAUCAAUUACGCAGUGAAUGCAGUGUGUGUGUGUUCGCUGAUACUUUUGACCCCUCAUACACACGCACACACACACACGCACACACACACACACACACACACACACACACACACACUCUUAGCAGGUCCUAGGAGGGAUUCCAGGUGUUUGCUUCUUGUUUCUGGUGGCAGAUAUUUUUGAGGAUAUUGGAUUGGAUUUUACUUUCAGGCUAAAACAUGUGAUCACAUCACCCUGAUACUCAAACACACUCUGAGCUCACCAAAGGAUUGUUUUUUUUCUAAGGAAUCAAAUAUUGUCAUUUGUGGUACAAGAAAUAAACGACAAUGAAACAAAA